AUGGCGGCCUCCAUGUUCAAACCGCCUGCCGAACUGAAUAUCACCGAUGAUAAUGUGUCACAGAACUUUUCUAAAUGGAAACGUCAGAUGGAAGUAUACCUGACAGCGAGUGGCGUAAAUGAAAAAGAGAAAGAAACUCAGGUAGCCGUUAUCUUACUCUUCACAACUGUAAAUAGUGAUCUUGGAGAAGUCCAUUUAAAAGUUGACAAAGAUGCUACCCCGAAAGCAUUGCCUUGCCAAAAUGUGCCAUUAGCCAUUAAAGACCAAGUAAAACAAGAUUUGGACAGUCUAGUUCAACGUGGCAUAUUAAAAGAAGUUACAGAGCCGACAAAAUGGGUGAGCCAGAUGGCUGUUGUCAGAAAACCAAACGGAAAACUGCGUCUGUGCAUCGAUCCACAGCCUCUCAACCAGGCCUUGAUGAGAGAGCACUACAAGCUGCCAGUGCUUGAAGACAUUCUCCCUGAAUUGCAUGAUGCUAAGAUGUUUAAAAAAAAAUAG